AUGAUUGGCAUUUUUAAUGGUUUAGAAGAACGGAGAAAACAAUCUCCGAAUUUUGAGAUGAGUCUACUGAGAUGUAUGAUUCGUCCAAUUAAAACUCGCAUCCUUUUGAGGCUCCUUGGCGGUGUCAUGCUCAAUAUAGCUUGUACCUUCUCAAUUUCUGGCUUUAUUCCUUUGGGAGUUCCUUUGAUUCAAUACUGUCAACAACUCUCAGCAACUCUUUCUAGCCAUGACACAUGCUUCACCCAAACAGCCGAUUCAUUAUUCUACACACAUGAGGGUCUGCAACAAGCAAGAGCUCCAAUAUUUGAUGUUCCAUCCGCCAUAGAGGUCCUUCUUACCGGAGGGUACAAUCGGCUCCCAAAAUGCAUAGAAGAUUUGGGCUUUCAGUCUUCCCUUUCGGAGGAUCUGCAGAAACCUGCUUUGAAGAAACUGGAAAUGCUCUUACGUUCCAAGCUUCUUGAUAUAUCUGUUCCCAAGGAAAUUUCUGAGGUUAGAGUUUCAAAUGGUAUGGCUGUUCUUAUUGUUGAUGGAGAAUUUAAGGUUUUUCUUACAUUGGGUUACCGUGGGCAUCUCUCUUUGUGGAGAAUAUUGCAUUUGGAGCUGCUUGUGGGUGAAAAAGACGAGCCUAUUAAAUUUGAAGAAAGUCGACGUUAUGCACUUGGGGAAGAUUUGGAGCGUAGGAUGGCUGCAGCCGAGAACCCGUUCAUGAUUCUAUACACGAUUCUGCAUGAACUGUGUGUUUCCCUUGUUAUGGACACUGUGCUAAGGCAAGUUAAAAUACUACGCCAAGGCAGGUGGAAAGAUGCUAUACGUUUUGAGCUCAUUUCUGAUGGUAUUACUGGACAAGCCAGUUCUGCACAAAUAGGGCAGGAUGCUGAAUUAGAUUCAGUUACACAAAGGAUCCCUGUUUUGAAAAUCAUCUACUGGUUGGAUUGGGUGAGGAACGCCACAGUUUCUGAUUCUGGCUCACCUCCUUUUAUCAAAAUUGAGCCUGCACAAGAUCUACAGAUAAAGUGUUUGCACAGUACAUUUGUAUUCGAUCCAGUUACGAACAAGGAAGCAGAACUCUCUCUGCAAUUAAGCUGCAUUGAUGUGGAGAAACUUCUUCUCAGAGCCAUUACUUGUAACAGACACACUCGUCUUCUUGAUAUCCAAAGAGAAUUGAUAAAAAAUGCUCACAUAUGUCAAGCUCCAGCUGAUGUUAUCCUUAAGCCUGAAGGUGAUGACUUGGAUCCGUUCUCAAGGAAGAAAGAUGGUGUACCACUUGCGAAUGAAUUUUAUUGGGAUGAAGUUUUGCAAGUACGAGCAUAUGGCUCAUCAUAUAUAAAACUUCGAAUAAACAUCAGGAAUGGCCGCUUUCUUCUUCAAUGCUCUAAAAACAUCCUUGCAACCUCUGCUUUGUUAGAAUGCGAGGAAGCUUUAAAUGUCGGAAGCAUGACUGCAACUGAAGUUUUUAUAUGUUUGAGAAACAAAAGUCUUUUACAUUUAUUUGCUUCUACCGGAAGGUCUUUAGGAUUAAAGGUAAUCAUCAAAUUUUUAUCUAUAACGAAGCUGAAACCUCCAGAUGCAGUAGGAGAAACUCAGCCACCACUCGUGACCUGCCUUCUAUGCCCAAUAUAA